UGAGACUUCAGCCCCAGAUGGGAUUGGAAUAGAUGCUGUCUAGGUCUCUUCCAAAGCUGAGAAUUGUGUGCCUCUUAUCUUUACAGAAAUUUCCAAAUGUAAACUAGAAUUAAUUUGAAUCAGAAAUACCAGCUUCAGGCUCAGUUCCAUAAAAUGCAAGAGAUGUCCAAAGAAAAUCAGCCAGUUUCAGAAUUUCUUAAAAACAAGUUUUACAAAUAGGCCCAGAAUUAUAAGCCACACUUCCACCAUAGAGGAAAAUAUUCUGUCCUUCACUUCUGAAAUUCUUUUUAUUUCAUUCUCAUCCUCAGAUCAACAGUCCAUAUUGUCUCCAUGGCCAAGAAUAAUCUCACCACAGUAACCGAAUUCAUUCUCAUGGGCUUUAUGGACCACCCCAAAUUGGAAAUUCCCCUCUUCAUGGUGUUUCUGAGUUUCUACCUAGUUACCCUUCUUGGGAAUGUGGGCAUGAUUAUUUUAAUCCAAGUAGAUGUCAAACUCCACACCCCAAUGUACUUCUUCCUGAGCCACCUCUCCCUGCUGGAUGCCUGUUACACCUCAGUCAUCACCCCUCAGAUCCUAGCCACAUUGGCCACAGGCAAAACCAUCAUCUCCUACGGCCACUGUGCUGCCCAGUUCUUUUUCUUCACCAUCUGUGCAGGUACAGAGUGCUUCCUGUUGGCAGUGAUGGCCUAUGAUCGCUAUGUUGCCAUUCGCAACCCACUGCUCUAUAUCGUGGCCAUGAAUCCCAGACUCUGCUGGAGCCUGGUAGUAGGAGCCUAUGUCUGUGGGGUGUCAGGAGCCAUGCUGCGUACCACGUGCACCUUCACCCUCUCCUUCUGUGAUGACAAUCAAAUCAACUUCUUCUUCUGUGACCUCCCCCCGCUGCUGAAGCUUGCCUGCAAUGACACAGCAAACAUCGAGAUUGUCACCAUCUUCUUUGGCAGUUUUGUGAUUUUGGCCAAUGCCUCAGUCAUCCUGAUUUCCUAUCUGCUCAUCAUCAAGACCAUUUUGAAAGUAAAGUCUUCAGGUGGUCAGGCCAAGACUUUCUCCACAUGUGCCUCCCACAUCACUGCUGUGGCCCUUUUCUUUGGGACCCUUAUCUUCAUGUAUCUGCAAAGUGGCUCAGGCAAAUCCCUGGAGGAAGAUAAGGUCUUGUCUGUCUUCUACACAGUGGUAAUCCCCAUGCUGAACCCUCUGAUCUACAGCUUAAGAAACAAAGAUGUAAAAGACGCCUUCAGAAGGGUCACUGGGAGACUCUAG